AAACAGUUUAGAUGAAAGUGAAAUACAGCAGCUUCAUUUAGUGAAGUGAGGAACAUAAAGUCCUUCGGGAGAGAAAGACGUGAAACUCUGUUUAGUGAAGAGAGGAACUCGGUGAGUCUCGGGGAACGCUGGCCUUUUUGUGAUGAGAGGAUUAAAAAUAGUUAUUGUAUGUGAAGUCACUGAAGUACCACAGUACACGUCCUGCCUUAGUGACUAGAGACUUUUCAGAUGGAAACGUCCACCCCAGCUCACACUGGUCCUGUUCAGACCAACAUGACAGCUAAGACAGGAGGAGCCAUCUGUGCUCCUGUUCUCCAGGGGAAUAAUAUUCAAGGCCCAGUGAAUGUUACCUUUAUUCAGAGAGUUCAGGAAGUUUCCAGUUCAAGCCCCAGUGCAGUUCAGGCUGGAGGCUCUCCUGGUGCUGCUGCUCUCACUGAAGAUUUGAUCACUAUAUACAAACAAGAACUGGAGAAGAAAUUUUGCAGGUUUAAUGAAGGAAUCUCCCAGCAUGGAAGAUCAACCCUUCUGAGUGAGAUCUACACAGAACUCUACAUCACAGAGGGAUUGAGUGGAGAGGUCAAUAAUGAACAUGAGGUCAGACAGAUUGAGGCAGCAUCCAGGAGACCAGCAACACAGGAGAAACCCAUCAAAUGCAAUGACCUCUUUAAAGACAGACCCAUCAGAACUGUGCUGACUACAGGAGUUGCUGGAAUUGGAAAAACAGUCUCAGUGCAGAAGUUCAUUCUGGACUGGGCUGAAGGAAAAGCAAACCAGGACGUCCACUUCAUAUUUCCACUUCCUUUUAGGGAACUCAGUUUGAUAAAGGAAAGGCUCAAGCUGAUGGAGCUUCUUCAUUGCUUUUUCCCAGAAAUAAAAGAACUGAGAUCAGUAGACAGUAAUGCCCACAGAGUCAUGUUCAUUUUUGAUGGUCUGGAUGAGUGUCGACUUCCUCUAGAUUUCCAGAACAAUGAGAGCUUGUGGAAUGUAACAGAUUCAGCCUCAGUGGAUGUGCUGCUGACAAACCUCAUCAAGGGGAACCUGCUUCCCUCUGCUCUCCUCUGGAUAACCUCUCGACCAGCAGCAGCAAAUCAGAUCCCUCCUGAAUGUGCUGACCUGGUAACAGAGGUACGAGGGUUCAGUGACCCUCAGAAAGAGGAGUACUUCAGGAAGAGAAUCAGUGACCAGAGCCUGGCCAAUAAAAUCAUCUCACACAUGAAGUCCUCAAGAAGCCUCUACAUCAUGUGCCACAUCCCAGUCUUCUGUUGGAUUACAGCCACUGUUCUAGAGAGAGUGUUGGGUGGAGCAGAGAGUGGAGAGAUCCCCAAGACUCUGACUCAAAUGUUCACCCACUUCCUGAUCUUUCAGAUCAAACACAAGGACCAAAAGUACCAUGGGAAAUGUGACACUGAUCCUCAGCAGACUAGAAAGAUGAUUCUGGCAGUGGGAAAACUGGCUUUGCAACAGCUGGAAAAAGGCAACCUGAUCUUCUGUGAGGAAGACCUGAGAGAGUGUGGUAUUGAUGUCAGAGAAGUGUCAGUGUGCUCAGGAGUUUGUACCCAGAUCUUCAGAGAGGAGUUUGGGCUGCACCUGGGGAAGGUGUUCAGCUUUGUGCACCUGAGUGUUCAGGAGUUUCUGGCAGCUUUAUAUGCAUUUCUCUGUUUCAUCAGCAGAAAUAAAACAAAACCACUGACCACUGAUCUCUCUGUCAUUUUCAAAAAGUCAAAAAUGUCAGACUUCCUCAAGUCUGCAGUAGACAAGGCCUUAAAAAGUAAGAAUGGACACCUGGACCUUUUCCUCCGCUUCCUUCUGGGCCUCUCACUGGAGUCCAAUCAGACUCUCUUACAAGGCCUAUUGACCCAGACAGGAAGCAGCUCUCACAACAAAAAGGAAACAGUCCAGUACAUUAAGGAGAAGAUCAGGAAGAAUCCCUCUCCAGAGAAAUCCAUCAAUCUGUUCCACUGUCUGAAUGAACUGAAUGAUCAUUCUCUAGUGCAGGAAGUGCAAACAUACCUGAGUAAAAGCAGUUACGACCGUCUCUGUGGAGCUAAGCUCUCUCCUGCUCAGUGGUCAGCUCUGGUGUUUGUGUUGCUGAACUCAGAAGAGGAGCUGGAUGAGUUUGACCUGAGUAAAUAUAACAAGUCACAGGAAUGUCUGCGUAGACUUCUACCAGUGAUCAAAGCAUCUAGAAAAGCUGUGCUGAGUGACUGUAAUCUCACAAAGAAAAGCUGUGCAGCUCUGUCUUCAGCUCUCAGCUCAGAGAACUCUAGUCUGAGAGAUCUGGACCUGAGUCACAAUAAACUAAAGAAUUCAAGAAUGAAGCUUCUCUCUGCUGGACUGGAGAAUCCACACUGUAAACUGGAGAUACUGAGGCUGAAGCACUGUAGUAUUACAGGUGACAGCUGUGUUACUCUGUGUAAAGCUCUAAAAUCAAACCCAUCUCACCUGAGAGUGCUGGACCUGAACUUCAAUAAACCAGGAGAGUCAGGAGUGAAGGAGCUCUCUGAUCUACUGGAGAAUCCACACUGUAAACUGGAGAAACUAGAACUGUGGGACUGUAGUAUUACAGAUGAAGGCUGUGUUGCUCUGUUUAAUGCUCUAAAAUCAAACCCAUCUCACCUGAGACAGCUGAACCAGGACUACAAUAAACCAGGAGAGUCAGGAGUGAAGAAGCUCUCUGAUCUACUGGAGGAUCCACAUUGUAAACUGGAGAAACUACAGCUGUUUAACUGCAGUAUUACAGAAGAAGGCUGUGUUGCUCUGUUUAAAGCUCUAAAAUCAAACCCAUCUCACCUGAGAGAGCUGGAACUCAACCACAAUAAAUCAGGAGAGUCAGGAGUGAAGGAGCUCUCUGAUCUACUGGAGGAUCCACACUGUAAACUGGAGAAACUAGAGCUGCGUAACUGCAGUAUUACAGGUGAAGGCUGUGCUGCUCUGUUUAAAGCUCUAAAAUCCUCAUCUCACCUGAGAGAGCUGGACCUGAGCGACAAUAAACCAGGAGAGUCAUUAAAGAAGGAGCUUCCUGAUCUACUGAAGGAUCCACACUGUAAACUGGAGAAACUAGAGUGAGUUACUAACUUACUGUCUCAAUUUU